AUGAUUGAUGCGAUCUGCGCCUUCACGCGCGGCGGCGUGGUGCUGUGGAGCUUCUGCUUCGCCAAGAUCCAGGGCGCGCCGUUUGAUCACUUGAUCAAGAAUGUCCUUCUGGAGGAGCGUUCAGGCAGCUGCAGCGCGAGUGUGGCGCCAUACACUCUGCAGUGGAAGUUCUUGAAUAACCUGGAAAUCAUUUUUGUCGUCGUCUACCGCGGCAUGGCGCAGCUCGCCUUCCUCGAUGCGCUCCUCGAGCAAACGGCUGCGGCUUUUGUGAAGUACAUGCAAGGCAAAAAGGCGCUGGACUUUGUCGCCGCGCCGCCGGCUGUGCCGUUCGAUGAGACCUUCGUGCAUCUCUUCACGUCUCUGUACCAGCAGCAGAAGGAAAGGAAACUUUUGCAAGGAAAGGGCGCGGGAGGUGCGAAGGGAUACAAACCAAAGAAAAAGAAGAAAGGAACCACAGAUGAGGAAGACGAAGAGGAAGACGACGGCGACGGCCGCGGCAAGAAGAAGGGCAGCGUCAACGCCAGGCGCCCGAUGAUGCCGUGGGACUCGAAUCAGCGCGUCACCAAGAAAAACAUGGACGCUCUCGACUUCAGCAAGAAGCCUGGAGCCAGCGGCGACGUGAAUGGAGAGUCGAGCAUGGCGGCAGCGGAGCGCAUGACAUACGGUGCGGACGAGGAGUUGGAUGACUCCGAGGAGGAAGAAGACGGUUCCGCUGACGAGGCGCCUUCGUCGAGCUGGUUCGGCCGCCUGACUUCGAAGCUGCAGAACUUCACAGGCAACAAAGUGAUGACGGAGAGCGACAUCGCGGAGACGCUGCCCGCCUUUCGCUCGUACCUUGCGGGCAAAAACGUAGCGGAGGAGGUGAUUGACCUGCUGCUGCACUCGGUUCAGUCGCGGCUGAAAGGCACGCGAACCGCGUCCUUCACGUCUGUGAAUCAGACAGUGCGCAUGGCGAUGCGCGAUGCCAUUGUAAAGAUCCUCACGCCCAAGAAGACCGUGGACGUCCUCAAGCUCGCCCUGGAAGCCAAGGCGGAGGGGCGAGUCUUCUCCAUCGUCUUUCUCGGCGUCAACGGCGUCGGGAAGUCCACCAACCUGGCGAAGGUCGCGUACUACCUCAAGCACAAGGGCAACCUCGACGUCAUGAUUGCCGCAUGCGAUACGUUCCGCGCGGGCGCUGUCGAGCAACUCCGGACGCACUCAAGGUGUCUUCAGGUUCCUGUAUUUGAGCGCGGCUACGGAAAAGACGCCGCCGCGAUCGCGCGCGAGGCUCUCGCCGUCGCGCGUCAGGAGGGGCGUGACGUCGUCCUCAUCGACACCGCAGGCCGCAUGCAGGACAACGAGCCUCUGAUGCGGGCGCUAGCAAAGCUGGUCGCGAUGAACAACCCCGACAUGAUUUUGUUCGUCGGCGAGGCGCUUGUGGGAAACGACGCUGUCGACCAGCUCAAAAAGUUUAACCAGGCCCUUGUGGAUCUCACUGCCACGGGCGGGCGGCCUCCUCGCACGGUGGAUGGAAUCAUCCUCACAAAGUUCGAUACGGUCGAUGACAAAGUUGGCGCUGCGCUGUCGAUGGUAUACAUCACGGGACAGCCGGUCGUUUUCGUGGGCACAGGUCAAAAGUAUCCGAACCUGAAGAAAUUAAAUCCAAACAUGGUCGUGAAGGCGCUGCUCGACUAG